AAUCACAGAAUGAACUUCUGGAUUCUGGCAAUGAGAAUUAUUUUCUUAUCACAAACUACAAUUGGAAUUCUGGGAAAUGUUUUUCUUAUCCUCUAUUAUCUAGUCAUUUACUAUAGAGAAUAUAUGUUAAAGCCCACAGAUUUGAUUCUUGUGAACCUAAUGACAGCCAAUGCCAUGAUCAUACUCUCUUUAGGAGUGCCCCACACAAUGGCAGCUUUUGGGCUGAAGAAGUUCUUAAAUAGUUUUGGAUGCAGGCUCUUACUAUACAUUCAAGCAUUCGGUCGGAGUGUGUCCAUUGGCACCACCUGUCUCUUGAGUGUCUUCCAGACCAUGACCAUCAGACCAAGGGAAUUCUGCUGGAAGGGUCAUAAAUUCAAAAGUAUAAAUUAUAUUUGUUGCUCCAUUUCCCUCCUCUGGGUCUUCUCCAUGUUAAUACAUUUCAUUUCAUUUGUGUACUCAUUUAUCAAAUUUAAUAGCAAAAACAUGACAAGAAAACUAGAUUUUGGAUACUGCAAUAGUGUAGGGGGUGAUGAAAUCAUUGAGUUAUUUCAUGUAGCAUUUGUCAUGUGCCCUGAAGUCUUCUUGUCUAUGCUGAUUACCUGGUCCAGCAGCUCCAUGAUUGUCAUUCUAUACAGACACAAGAAGAGGGUUCAACACAUCCGCAGCUCUCAUGGUUGCAACAAGACCUCACCUGAGUCCAGUGCCACCCAGAACAUCCUUGUUUUAGUGUCUACCUUUCUGAUGUUUUAUAGUCUCUCUUCAAUCUUAAGAGGCUGCAUUACUCUAUUUUAUAAUCACAGCUGGUGGCUGGUGAACAUCACUCCCCUCAUUUCUCUGUGUUUUCCGACUUUUGGACCCUUUGUUCUUAUGAAUCAUUGUUCCAUUGUCUACAAGCUUACCUUGAUAUGGAUCAGGAAUAAAAAUAAUUUAAAUCAUCUUUAA